AUGCGGGGAAUCGUUGGUUCCAUCGCCGGAGCCGUUGCGCUCAUUGCCGUGGGUGCAAUUGGAGCCAAGACCAAAUCGCCCGAGAUACACGCCCUACCCUCCCUACGAGAGCAGUCGGAGAUCGUUGACGGCUGGACUGAAGAGCGCAAAGCAUUGAUCCCAGGAAUCCUCCGCAAGUAUGAUAUCGAUGCCUGGCUGAUAAGUCAGCGUGAGUACGCCGAGGACACCACCUUCUGGGCCCUCAAGGACUUUGUUCAGUUCUCCGCCAGACGCAGGACUACGCAGCUCUUUCUGGCCAGCGGCCCGGGGAACGCCUCGACGGCGUACUCCUGGAUUGACAACACGGCGCAGGUCUGGCAUGAGCUCAAGGCGAUCCUGGCGGACCGCCAGCCCAGGUCCAUCGCGCUGAACACGCACCAGGAGCUCGCGUUCUCCGGUGGACUGCACGCCGGAGAGCGGGAUGCCAUCGCCGCGGCAUUAGACCAGGAAUGGGAGGACAAGUUUGUACUGGAGCCCAUGCUCGGGAUUGAGCUGAUAGCCACCAUGGUGGACAGCCGGCUCGGGUGGUAUCGGAAGAUGAUGGAGACCGCGUGGGCGAUUAUCGAAGAGGGCUUCAGCUCGAAGGUCAUCGUUCCCAACAAGACGACCACGGCAGACGUCACUUGGUGGAUGCGGGAGAGGAUACAGGCGCUCAACUACACCACCUGGUUUCAGCCUGGCGUCUACAUUCUGACAGCGGACGAUCUGGACCACGACAACCCCCUCAACUCGCCAGACCACCUGAUACGAUACGGCGACAUCAUUCAUACCGAUUUCGGUGUCACGGCCUUGGGCUUGAACACGGAUACCCAGCACCUGGCCUAUGUACUCCGUCCUGGAGAGACAAGGGCUGAUAUUCCUCAGGGGUUCCUCGAGGGUCUGAGGAAGGUGAACAGACUCCAAGACAUCACACGAGAGAACAUGAAAAUCGGAGUGACGGGCAACGACAUCCUCAAAGCAAUUCUCGCGCAGGCGCAUCGUGAGGGAAUUGAAGGCAAGAUCUACUGCCACGCCACGGGAGAGUUUGGGCACAGCGCUGGAACGGUGAUUGGUAUGACAAACCUCCAAGACGGCGUGCCGGUCCUUGGUGACCUUCCUCUGCUGAAGAACACGUACUACAGCGUCGAGCUGUACGCGGAGCACUUUGUCCCCGAGAAGAACAGAACCAUCAUAUUCCCACAGGAAGAGGACGUCUACUGGAAUGAACCGACGGGUACCUGGGAAUGGGUUUAUGGGCAGCAGACUGAGUUUCUGCUAAUCCAGCCUCCUAGUAGCAGUCUCGUGGCCGACGGUCCGGCUGAGCUCUGA